AAUUUUUGGGUUUCAAAAUCGAUUCUACAAAUAUGAGUUUAAAUCUCCCAAUAAGGAAAAUCAACGAGAUAAAGAAAAGAUAUUCUACAAUUUCGAAGAAACAAACAAUUUACAUAAGAGAGUUAGCGUUACUCAUUGGAAAGCUCAUAGCAACUAUUGGCACAAUAUUUCUAGCAAAACUGAAAAUAUGAUCUCUAAUAAGAGACAAAAACCUAGCUAUAAAGUACCAAGAGUGGAACUUCCACUUAAUUCUAUCGUUACAGAGCAUUUAGCAGCUCAGUUGGUAGAUCAAGAGCCUGAAGGAUGUGGUGCUAUAAUGAAUCAAGACGUAGUUUACGGUCACUAG